AUGCGUCUUUUCUGUUGCUCGUUAGCAACGAUCACAACAACGGCCAUACCUAAUUCCGUCAACGAAAGGACAACAAUCUAUCCGAGCACUAUUCGCUAUACAAUUCGGGUUCAGCUUAUGGGGUUCGAAACUUCACGACUCAUUCUUAAUCCAGUAUUCAAGAACAAAUUCCUCUACAAGGAUUUUCAUCUCGUUCGGUUUGAUAGUCGCGGUGUCCUCGAUAGUGGCAAGCCUACAGAUCUUAAUCAAUACACUUUGGAUCAUCAUGCGCAAGACUUAAAGGCUGUUGUUGAUGCUAUCACUAAUGCAAAUCCCGGGAAAAAGAUAACUUUAGUCGGCUGGAACGCUUUAUUUAGAAAUUUUGGAGAAGAUAAAGUUAAUGGAUUCGUAACUAUAGGCGCUAAAUUGGAAAGGAUUGCAUCUGAUUCUGCUUCGCUUGCUUUCCAUCCCACAAACAACGGACUAUCAAGAAACAAUAGAGUCAAGAUAUACCAGUGA